AUGGACAAUGGCGUGAACAAGGCUGAAUCCUCCGAUCUUGAAUCCUUCCAUGAUUAUCUCUUGCAAGCAAACAACAUUUUAGCAGUUGUGGGUGCUGGGCUAUCAGCCUCCUCCGGGCUUUCUACAUUCAGAGGUGCCGGUGGUAUUUGGAGAAACUUCUCGCCAAUUGAUCUGGCUACUCCAGAUGCAUUCCACUUUGAUCCUGGACUCGUGUGGCAGUUUUAUAGUGCAAGACGCUACAAUGCGUUGAAAGCAAAGCCUAAUAGAGGACAUUAUGCUUUGGCUGAAUUGAGUAAAAGGAGGAAUGGAAAGUUUUUAACUUUGACUCAAAAUGUUGAUGGAUUAUCAACUAGAGCUGGUCAUGAUAAAGAUACAUUGUUGGAAUUACAUGGAUCUUUAUUCACUUUGAAGUGUACAAAUUUUUUUUGCAACCAUAUUGACCAAGAUAAUAGACAACAUCCUUUAACACCAGCGUUAGAAGGUUCAGAAGAUGAAUUCCCUAAGAAGAGAAAAUUGAAUGAUCAAAAUGAUAAGGAAGAAUCAAAGAAAAGAGCAAGGACUGAUGACGCUUUAGAAAGAACCAAAAGCCAUACUUCAAUCGCCUCAACUGGUUCAUCCCCAGAUAUUAAACCUGUUCAAUCAAUCCCUGAAAAAGAUUUACCACAUUGUCCUGAAUGUAAAGAGGGUUUAUUGAGACCUGGUGUAGUAUGGUUUGGUGAAUCUUUACCAUUGAAAGCUGUUGAUACUGCCGAUGAAUUUUUGAUAAAUAACAAGAUUGACUUGGUACUAGUUAUAGGAACUAGUGGGACUGUGUGGCCAGCUAUGGGUUAUGUUGAAAGAGUGCAAAAGAGAGGUGGUAAAGUGGCAGUCUUCAAUACAGAGAUAGAUAUGGAACAGAUUAAAAAAGACAAGAAUUGGGGAUUUAUAGGUGAUGCAUCAAAAUGGUUGCCAAUCGCCUUGGAACCCAUAAUAGGAAGUGAUUUCGUUCCUAGGGACUACAAGAGACGUUAA